AGCACUGUAGCAGAGCGUAGCAAUUUGGAACUUGGAAGGCAUAAUUUUCAAAGAUGAAUAGGGGGGAGUGGAGUUGGGGGGGUCAAAAAGGAAAACGCAAAGAAGAAAGUGGAGUUGGGUGAGUCCAUCAUCUUCAUCUCGCAAUCUCUCACUUUGGGGAAGCAAACUGCAUAUUGUGUGUAUUAGCACAGUUGGAGAAUUAUAAUCAUAAGCAUGGAGUCUGAGAUGACAGUACAUGAUGGUGGGUGCCACUGCAAGAAUGUAAGAUGGCGAGUGCAAGCGCCUACUAAGGUUGUGGCUUGGAGUUGCAACUGUUCGAUUUGCUCUAUGAGGGGUAACACGAAUUUCGUUGUCCCUUCUGAAAGAUUUGAACUCUUGGGUAAUUCUGAACAGUUUCUCACAACUUAUAGCUUUGGUUCUCACACGGCAAAGCAUACUUUCUGUAAGGUCUGUGGGAUAACUUCGUUUUAUUAUCCACGCUCAAACCCUGAUGGGGUUGCCAUCAUAUAUGGGUGUGUUGAUCCUGGAACACUAACCUAUGAUGAGGUCAAGUAUUUUGAUGGCCAAAAUUGGGAAAACUCCUACAACCAGUUGAACAUUGCUUCGCAGUCAAAGGUAGACUCUGGAAACUAAAGGGUUGAAGAAUGGUAUAUGUUGAAAUCUUUUCAUUUCAACAAAUAAUACUGUAAGCAAAUAGGCAAAAAACUUGUAUAUAUUGCUUGGAGUUUGCAGGCUGAAGUACAUCAUGGUCUUGGCCUUUGAGAAAUUAAUAAUCUUCAUCCGGAAUGUAUGAUGAUUCCUAUGUAACAGUAGUGCUUUUCCUCUUGUUUCGUUUUGUUCUAUUUGUUUUUGUUACUUUGCCUUUGGCCUUGCAGCGGUGACAA